GCCAAUGGCGAGCGGCUCCGCUCGGAGGCGCCGCCCAGGCGGCCGCCGAGCGGGAGGGGGAUGUUAAAGGGGCGGUGCAGCGGGGCUGAUGGAGUCCGGUGGCGGGACGGAAACGCGGGAUGGCGGCUGUUUCCUGUACUACGCGUACGGCAGCAACCUGCUGCGGGAGCGGCUGCUGCUGAGCAGCCCUUCGGCGGCGCUCUGCGCCGUGGCGCGCCUGCAGGAUUUUAAGCUCGAGUUUGGCCAUCAUCAAGGCAGGACAAGUUCUGUCUGGCAUGGAGGUACAGCUACCAUUGUUCAGAGCCCUGGAGAUGAAGUAUGGGGAAUAGUGUGGAAAAUGAACACUAGCAAUUUAAGUUCACUGGAUAAGCAAGAGGGAGUUGAAGGUGGCAUUUAUGUCCCAAUAGAAGUUAAUGUCCACACUGACGCAGGAAAGGUACUGACCUGUCGAAGCUACCAGAUGAAGGACUAUGUCUGUGGUCCCCCUUCUCCUCAGUAUAAAAAGGUUAUCUGCAUGGGUGCAAAACAGAAUGGCUUGCCAGCUGACUAUCAGAAGAACUUAGAAGCUAUUGAAACGAAUAACUAUGCAGGGCUGGUACCAAUCAUGGAAGAGAUUGAAGCUGCUAUUAAAGCAAAGAAAAUAAAGUCUGCAUAGAAUACCUCUGCACUUGCUUGGCCAUUCACCUUGAUUUAGAUACCUCUCCUCACUGUGCUGAUCAGCAGUUUCUUUAUUUAUCAAGAGAAGAUGAGUUUGCUGUGCAUCUACAGUAAAUCAUUAGACACAAUUUGCACUCUGAAGGCACACUGACAUUGGUAAUUUCUUUGCUUUGUAUGUAUAGCUUGAGUACCUGCUGAAGUUUCUGCAGAUUUAGAAAUUAUCUUUCUGUAAUUGUCAUGCAGUGCUGCAUGAAAAUCUGUGCUUCAUGUCCUGUUUACUGACCUUUUUAAAAGGCCAUCUUAAUGAGUAUUGGCCUCCAUAGGAAUAAGGGCCGCAGGAUCAGGCCCUUUGUUCUUAAAUGUUGUAUACGCAAUUGUCAAGAAUUUCAAAGAUUUGUUAGAUGCAAAGUAGACUCAAAACUCUAAACCAAAACUAAACUUUUUCCCUCUGCUGCUUCUCUUAAUGGUUUGAAGCCCAACCUAUCUGAAGCUAUGGUGUUCUUGUUUCUGUAUAUAUAGUUACCAAAGAAAGAUAAAUAUUUUUUUUAACUAUCUCCAUGUUAUUAAGUAUUAGUCCAAAAGGCAACCCAGGCAUGAAGACAACAUUCAGGAAAGGAUCUCAUUCAGAGCAUAAUGGACGACUCCUAUCUAUGUCUAGUAAUCGUCAUAAGUGAUCUGGUUAGGUACAACCAACAGGUUUUAAAGAAUUCAUUUUAGCUGGAUAAUCCCAAGGUUUUUUUAAAUGACCUUUUUGAUCAUCUUCGGUCUUGUGUCCAGUGAAAUCAGGAAGUCUCCUGUGAGUCCUAGUGCGUUUGUUUCAUGGUUUUGUUUGUCAAACUCCAGAUGGACAUACUUGGCCUCUCUUUUUCCACAGCUUUAACAUCUCCUGCAAAACUGGAAGCUCUUGUAAGGUUUAGAGUACUUAUCUUCAUGGUACUUGGCAACCCCUGUAGUUAGUCUGUGGGGGACAAGGAAAAACUUACAAUCUGGAAUAUCUCAAAUCACUGAAUUUUGUCUUCUGUACAGUGGGGUGUAAGAUACAAUCAGUGUCACUGAGUGACUACUUAGAUAAAUGAUGACAAAGUAACAGACUUAUGCCUUCUCUGCACAAAAUUUUUCUGUAAACUGCUCUUGUGCCUGUAGAGGUGCUGUCCUGAUGUCUUAUGCUGAUUUCUAGAGCUGGACAUGGUGACCACAGUAAAACAUGGUACUUUCUGUAUUAGCACUGUCUAGUCUGGUUGAAUAAAACUGCAAUUACCAAA